UUGUAAUUUUGAUUAAAAGAAUUUAAAAAGCUCAAGAAAAUAAAGAAUUUUCUAAAAAAACAUUAAUCAGUUCUUAUUAAUAUUAACAAAUUUUGUCUGUAAAACAAGUUGUCGACAAAGUGUACAUGUCGGCAAAAAGUACGUGUCGGCAAAGUGAUACGGACCCAUUGUGGUUGGAUCUUUUACAUCAGUCAUGAUCAGUUAUUUUCGCGGUGUCCGAAGUUAUAGUCAAAGUGCUUAAAACACUAAGCAAAGAUGUCGAAAUCUGUCUGAAAUCGACCACAAAGUUCCGUGUUUAAUUUCUCUCAAUCUCUGUAACUAAAACUAACCUUCGGGCUUUUAUGUUGUAAUAAACAAAAAUUCAGAAUAGAUUUGAGAAGAGAGUUCAAAGUUGUAUACAACUCACAUGAAGAAUCGCUACGAAUCUGAGAGAUCUUAAUACUGAAGAUGCGUCUUUAUAAUCAGGGAUAAACGAAUUCCUCAAAUUUCUAAUCUGACUGCUAAAUAUUUCCCUUAAUAAGGUCUCUCAGACUUCCAGCGGUUCAUCAUGUCAGUUGUGUUCAGUUUUGAACAUUCUUCCUAGGGAUGCAACACAUCUUGGAUAGGACUUUGACUUGGGACUAAACUUUUGGGAUUCGAAUCUGGAUUUGAGUUUGAACGCUUAGGUUUGGAUUUGGUUGAUGGAUUUUGUUGUAUACCAAACCCACGCAAAUAUUUUAUAAUUGCGUGUCCGUUAUCCAAGCGCAAACUAUUUAUAUAAUUAUUGCGCAACAACAAAUCCGAAUCCCAAUAGCAAAACCUUAUGUACUUAAUUCUGAAUUUUUUCUUAGACGUGCCAUUGCCUUAAUUAGGUAAAUGUUCACGAUAUUUUUUUCAUCGCUUGAUUUAAGAUUAAAUAUGAUAGAAUUGUUAUUGUGCAUGUUUUCUCACAUGUGCUCACAAACUGUUUGAUUUCUGAGGGAAAGUUCAUUUGGAUAAUCGAAUUUCAAACAUCUUCGUCAAUUUUUCACCGGUUUGAGGUAUAAUUCCUACCGGCCAAUCCGGACUGGUUUACCGUUUUCCAACCGGCUCCAACCCUGCCAUAUUUUCGCUCUCUGGAACGAUUUUCAAGCAGUCAGCGUCACCAGUUGUUGUUCGACUUGCCGGAAUUUUCAUACUAUGGGGUACAUGAUAUCAAUCUGAAUUUUAAAUAAAAAAAUCAAUUUCAUUUCAAACAGAAAUCAGGGGCUGGGGCUUCAGUAUUCAACACAUACAUCUAUGCAUAUAUACACCGACAUUUUUUUUGAACAUGGAGAGCUGGAGGGCUUAGGUGUCUUUCGAAUUAUUCAUGAAUUCACAGCCGUAUACUCCCUUCUCUUAACGGGGGGAGGCACUUUCGAAUUAAUUGGAUUUGAAUACAAAAAGACGCCCUCAUCCGGAACAAAAAGGGGUGUGUCUAUCCAUUGAUAUGAAUAAUUCUAAAGACCACCCAUGUCGCCUAGACCCUCACUCUCAGAAAAACGGGGUAUAUAGCUAUGAAUUCAUGAAUAAUUCUAAAGAUCCUCCAAGUCCCCGUAGAACUUCCCUUCUCAGAAAUAGGGGGUGUAUGUCUUCUUGUGCAUUGCAAUAGUGUGGAAAGAAAGAUGGUGAAUCUUAGACAAGAAAACUGUUGUCUCUGUAUAUUCUGUAGUAGUGUGUGAUUGUCAUCCUUAGGAAAAAUUGAUUUUAGACGAGCGACGGUGUUUUUGGUUGGAGCUAGCAGCUAGUGGUGGUGGGCAGUCUGUUGUCAAAGAGGUUUCUCUUGGAAGACCCCUUGAUCCCCGUCUUUGGUAAAAAUGAAGGGUCUGUUUUUUUGUUGCAAAAUUCAGUUGAAAUAAAAAAGCCCAUAAGCUCGGAAUUUUUGCCGGGUCAAGAGCGAUUUAUAACCGGCCGGAUAGGUCCGGCUGGAUUUUUUGACCGGCUUGAUCGGACCAUUUUAUCGAUUUCUUACCAGUUCUAAGUGUGAUUUAGAAUCAAAUAGAUAAUAUAUACGGUUAAUAGAUAACUUGUGAGGCGUUAUUCUACAAGAAUUUAGUAAAUGUAUCGAAUUCAUUACAUGAUGCCAAACAAAAAAAUAUUGGUAUGUAGAGAAAUUUUAGUUGAGAAAAAUGUCAGAAAAUCGUUAUAAGUACCUUAAUAAUCUUAAAAGCAAUAGUUCAAAGCCAAGAUCAAAACAUAACCUAAUUUGAUUGUUGACAUUCAUACAAAACAUCAAUCUAACAAACUUAUCUAUCAUUUGGAUCGUUUUUUCAGACAAAUUGUACUAAAAAUAUUCACCAAAGAUUAAUGAAAAUGACCAUAACAUCGCACUACAUUGAUUUAUUUUGAAAUAUUUGUUCAAGUAGUAGCUUUAAUCUUUCUCUACAAAAUUAAAUAUUUCAAUGAAUCAACUCUAUUUAGGAUUGUCAUAGAUGUCAUCAAUUUACUCAGAGAGGUCGAAACUUUUGAACCACCCUUUAGUUUAUCACUGAUUUUUUAGGAGUAUGUUAAAGUAUUAGGAGCCCGUAUUGUUUCUUACCUCAAUAUAGAUGGUCCUGUUCGAGGUAACAGUCUUUCAAUAAAUAUAAUUAUUUUUGUUCUAAUCUCUAAUAGGAAAUUAUACAAUUCAUGCUAAAGCAUCACCUAUGUUGUUCGAUGUUAUUGUUGAAGCUUCAAAAAUGGUGAGAAGAUGUUCUUAGAUACUUCGAGAAGCGAUUAAUGAUUUUGAAAUAGCAGCAAAAGAUUUUGAGAUUCGUUCAAAAUCAUUGAACGUUGAAAAUCCAUAUGAGAUUCGGGCAUAUAAUGAUCAGUUGUUACAACUGGAACGAGCUUUUUUAAAUCCAUUAGGACGAGGCACAGAUUACACUGAUUAUAAACACAUCAUUUAUGCACCAGCUAAAGGUGAUAAAUAUGAUGCUGCUGGUUUGCCAACUAUUGGUGAUGCACUUGCAACUGGCAAUCAAAUAGAAAUCGAUAAAGAAAUAGCUAUUGCUGCUUAUUUUAUACGAGGAGCUUUAUCAAUAUUAAAACAAUUUGAUAAAUUUAUCUCAUAA